AUGGAUGAUUCACAGCUCUCCGCCUCUCCCUCAUCGUCAUCCGAAACUGCUCUGUCUACAUUUUCAUCCAGUUCUAUGGUCGAAAUAAAACGAGUCCGGCAAUCCGACAGUGAACAGCGCAAUGAAUCAGGCGCUGCUUCUCCAGAAUGCGAGGACAAGUACAGGCUGAUAUACAGCAAGUCCAAAGUCUAUGUUAAUCCAACCGCUUACGCCCGGGACAACAUACCUGGUUUUGUGGCCCUGGUCAAACGAGAGGCUUUGAAUUCAACCUAUCUACUCGCUUGGAUCCCGGAGACGUUGUUAAACGAGAAAGGUGCCGCUGAGUGGGACAAGUUCGUGAAGAUCGAGGAGCAAUCCUCGCGGGAUGAAGAAGAUGAAGAUGUCGUUCUCAUCGAUCUUCCGUCCCCGAAACCAGAAACUUACGCUUUUUCUGUUCCCCUGACCUCUGUAUACUCACUUUUAGUGUAUCCACCCAACUUUUCGUCGUGGCACGGGUCUAUCGGAAUAAACUUGAUCAACGGAGAUACAUUACCGACUCUAUUCUUCCACGACGACGAAUCACGAUCGUUAACAAUGCAGACUCCACGAACUUUCCAGAACAACAAACGAAGUAGCAUCAGUUCCUACCCACCUCCUCCAUCCCCGGUCGCUUCUCCCUCCAAGUCAACCAACUCAUGGGGCGGAGAGGAUCUCCUUGUUCGACUUCGAUCCUACGCCCACAUCCUAAGGUCCACUCUACAGCCGUCUUUGUUCUUAGUCGAUCCCUCACGGGCUGACAUAGACACGCACUCCACACAUUUUUAUGCCGAUGAUGCUGUCGACGAUAUCCUCGGACAGUCAUCGUACGCAAAUUCGCAUUCGCCCGUUCCUGCUCAUCGGCGACCGCAGCUUCUUUCAGGUCCACCUGUAUCACCCAAUCCUUAUUCACAGAAAUCUUCUGUCCUUCAUCGCUCGCUCGGGUCCAUAUCCUCUUCUCCGCAAUCUUCCUCUCAGGCACGCAUCGCUUUACUUCAAUCGUUUUCUAAUAUCACAAGAGCAACCAAACAUGCGGCUCAAAAUAUCCUCUCACAUCCCCUCGCCAAACCUAUAGUGCCUCAUUUACCUGACCCCGUAAAGAGCCUUGUAAAUGCCAAUGGGGAAUGGGCAAGCUGGGUAGAGAAGGGCGGUGUCGGAGAGUUUGACAGUGCCCGGGUUUACUUAGCAAGGUGGGCCCGAAUAGUAGCGGAGGAGGGCGAGCGUGCUCGUAAACGCGAAGCUCAAACAUUAACGUCUUCACCUUCAGAACAUAUUACAGAGGAAACACCGUUAGGCGUCUUUGAACUCCUUCAAAACACUUCCAAUCUGCCAACCCCGAAGCCAUCUCGAGAUCCAGCACACCCGGUCGACGAUAAGUUAUGGGAAAGCUGGUUCGCGGAGGAUGGCGGACCAAAAAUUAGGAUUGAAGAGAUGAAGAGGGAGGUAUUUAGGAGAGGAAUUACGAACAAGGGUCACCUCAGGCGCAAAGUAUGGCCGUUACUUCUGGGAGUCAUGGACUGGGAUAGCACUUCCGAUGAAAGAGAUAAGAAAUGGGAAAAGAAAAGGAAAUCCUACCAUAAACUGAGAGACGAAUGGUGUGGUGUUCCGGAAGUCUUCGAGCGGCACGACGUAGUCGAAGAACGACAUCGUAUCGAUGUAGACUGUCGGCGAACGGAUCGGACGCAACCUUUAUUUUCAACCCCUCCUUCCACCCCUUCUGCCACAAAGGCUGAUGAGAUGAACGAUGAAAAAACAAGAUACAGACGUGUUUCAGUCAUUUCGCCCAAUUUGUCCGACACCGGCGCCCAGUCACCGAGCAACGACCACAUCGAUCGACUCGCUGGAAUUCUAUUGACUUUCAACUUUUAUGAAAGAGAGCUGGGCUACGUGCAAGGAAUGUCCGAUUUAUGUGCCCCAAUAUACGUCGUGAUGGGCGGCGACGAAGAAACGACUUUUUGGUGUUUCGUUGAGUUCAUGUAUCGUAUGAAACAGAAUUUCUUGCGGGACCAAAGUGGCAUGAAAAAGCACCUCCUAACACUCCAACAGCUCAUCGGAGUGAUGGAUCCAGAACUAUAUCGUCACUUGGAAAAGAUUGACGGCCUGAACUUGUUCUUCUGUUUCCGCUGGGUACUCAUCGCUUUCAAGCGCGAAUUCCCGUUCGAUGAUGUGCUGAGCCUAUGGGAAGUGCUUUGGACCGAUUAUUAUAGCAACAAUUUCGUUCUCUUUGUCGCAUUAGCCAUCUUGGAAUCUCACAGGGAUGUGAUUCUACGGUACUUGGUUGAGUUCGAUGAGAUACUCAAGUACUGCAAUGAUCUCAGUAUGACUAUCGAACUGGAUAGUACUUUGGCCCAAGCAGAAGUCUUGUUCUUAUCCUUUGCUCAAACGAUUGCGGAUCUCGAUCGAAGACAAGCGGAGACAGCGUCCAAGAACAGUGGACUACGACAACGACGGAUAGUUAGUUUGCCGGACAGCAACGGACCCAGCUCCUCAGCUAUUUCCGACCAUUUGAGAGAAUUACUAGAGACCGGGAGAUAG